AUGGAAGAGAGAAGAGAGCAAGAGAAGCCGCUCAGCCCUUUUCCACCGGAGGAGCUCAUAUCACACCGCCGCCAGCGUUGCCUCAAGUGCUGCGGCUGCUCCGCCGCGCUUCUCCUAAUCCUAGCCGUCACAAUUCUCAUCCUCAUGCUCACCAUCUUCAACGUGAAGCAUCCAACGCUCGAGAUCACCUCGGUCAAAAUCGACGGCCUCGAUUCGUUAUCCAACGACACCAAUAACAACAACAACAACACCAACCCGACGCUGGCGGCCGGCGUCUCGAUCAAGAACCCCAAUGCGGCGUCGUUCAAGUUCCACGAGGCGGCCACGGAGGUGUACUUCGACGGCACGCUGGUGGGAGAGGGCAGGGCGCCCGCAGGGGAGGCGGGGCCGAGGAGGACGCGGAGGGUGGAUGUUUUGGUUGAUUUGGUGGUUGGUAGAUUGGUGGGAGUGUCGAGAUUUGAGAGUGAUUUUGAGAGAGGGGGUUUGGAGAUCAGUGUGUAUACAAGAGUGAAAGGGGUGGUUAAGGUUACAAAUGUUAUAAAGAGGAGUUUUGUGGUGAAUAUCACAUGUGGUAUGAAUGUUGAUCUCAGAAGCAAGGUUGUCCAAGAUAGGAGUUGCACUUUGUGA